AUGACGUAUCCUCUUCUGCAUCCAUUCGGAGAUCCAGGUUGGUCGCCUGAGCUGAAGCACAUCAGCGGCAACAAUAAAAGAGUGUCUCAAAUGGAAUACUACGGCUAUCGUUUCGCUGUCCGGAAUUCAUUCAAUCCAUUUCUAAGCGCUGGGAAGCUUAUGCAGCAAUAUUUCGUGGACGCUUAUGUCAAGACAGAAGGAAAUCGUCUCAAUUUUAUCAAGAUGAAUCAGUCGAAGCUGAGAGCGGAAACGUACAAAUGUCUUGCUGAUUAUCUCCAAUCAAAUGCGGGUGGUAUUUACCCGGGGAAGGCUAUCAUUUUACCAUCAUCGUUUCAAGGCAGUCCAAGAAAUAUGCAGCAACAUUAUCAAGAUGCAAUGGCCAUUGUUCGAAGAUAUGGGAAACCCGACCUCUUUGUUACCAUGACUUGCAAUCCGAAAUGGAAGGAGAUUCAGGAAAAUUUGGAACCCAAUCAAAGGGCAGAAAACCGCCCGGACUUGGUUUCUCGAGUGUUCCAUAUCAAAUUGAGUGAGCUGUUAGAUGAUAUCGGAAAGCGCCAUGCUCUUGGGAAGCAAAAGGCAAAAAUUCACGUCAUCGAAUUUCAAAAACGAGGCCUUCCCCACGCUCACAUUUUAAUAAUUUUGAGGCAUGAGGAUAAACCAUCGACUGAUGAUAAAAUUGACAAGUUAGUGUGCGCGGAAAUUCCAGAUCCAGUGUGUCAUCCAAAACUUCAUGCUAUGGUUACCCACCAUAUGAUUCACGGCCCUUGCGGGAGCCACAAUAUGCGCAGCCCAUGCAUGGACGGUGAGAGCUGUACCAAGGACUUUCCGAAGAACUUUUCGCCCGAAACAAUCGCCAGUAUUGGAGGCUACCUGAGAUACAGAAGAAGGGAAAAUGGGGUCACCGCAACGGUGGGACAAAAAACCAUCAACAACCAAUGGGUCGUCCCUUAUAAUCCUUCUCUGCUGCUUAAAUACAACUGCCACAUCAACAUAGAAGUUUGUGCUACAAUUAAAAGUGUAAAAUAUUUAUUCAAGUACGUGUACAAAGGGCAUGACUGUGCAAAUGUUGAGAUUCGUGAGAAUGCUAAUCAACACGAUGAAGUGAAGUCCUUUCUUGAUGCUAGAUAUGUCAGUCCUCCAGAAGCUGCGUGGCGGUUGUUCGGGUACCGAAUGCACCAGCAAACACACACGGUUUGCAGACUGCAAGUCCAUCUCCCUAACGAGCAGAUGAUUGUUUUUCAAAAAGACAGUAUAUCAUCAGCUGUUAGGAACGCCGCAGCUACAGACACAACUCUCACAGCUUGGUUUAAGUUGAAUCAGGUUGACGCGGAUGCAAGAAAUUUCUUCUAUUUUGAAAUCCCGGAGCAUUAUAUCUUUGAAAACUUGGCGACCCAGGACGUGAAUGCAAUUAAAAAGAAAAUCUGGAGAAAAAGGAGGAACCGCCGUGGUGAAAAAACCAUCGGCCGAAUGUAUACGGUCAGCUUCUCAGAAACCGAGCGUUAUUGCCUACGAAUGCUUCUCCGCCACAAGAAAGGUGUUACGUCAUUUGAGGAUUUAAGAACAAUCAAUGGAACCAUCCACAAUAACUUUCAACAAGCUGCUGCUGCUAUGGGAUUAUUAGAUAGUGACGAAAUAUGGGAAGACCCCUUGGACGAUGCGGUGAUACCUGGAAUGCCAUAUCAAUUGCGCCAGUUGUUUGCCCUAAUAUGCAUUUUUGCCUGCCCAAUGAAUAUUGUUUCUCUUUGGGAAAAGUAUAAAGUCUCAUUGAUGGAAGACUUUUCUCACCGCCACAGCCAUCCAGAAGACUGUCAGCAUUGUAUGAACUUGGCUCUUCGUGACAUCCAAGAGACCCUUGCGAUUCAUGGAAAAUUCUGUAAUGACUUUGGCCUCCCGAAACCAAGACCAGUCGGCUUAGGGGCACCCAUCACCUUUAAUCCUUUGGAGCAAGAGUUGCUUGGGUUGGAAAUGUCCCGUAACUUAAAUGCUGAACAACUCGCGGCCUUCAAGUUAAUUUGUGACUCCAUAGUUGACCCUGCAGAGAAAUCUAAGUGCUAUUUUAUUGAUGGGCCCGGUGGGAGUGGAAAAACUGAUUUGUAUAAGACUUUGAUCAGCACAUUGCGAGGGGACAACAAGAUCGUUCUUUUAACAGCUUCCACUGGCAUUGCUGCGAAUCUCUUACCAAAUGGGCGAACUUAUCACUCUCAAUACAAACUGCCUGUCCCAUUGGUAGAAAAUUCUGUAUCAUCAAUGCGCCUUACCUCUGCUGAUGCUAGACAAAUAAAAGCAGCAGAUUUGUUAAUUUGGGACGAGUCGACCAUGGCUCCCAAGUACGCAUUAUCAGGUAUAGAUCGCCUUCUUAAAGAAAUCACGAAGAAGGAUAUUCCUUUCGGUGGAAAAGUCUUGCUGGUUGGUGGCGAUUUUCGACAAACACUUCCAGUGGUGCUCAAAGGAUCAAGAUCAGCAAUUGUCGAAAGUUCCAUUAAAUUCAGCAAUCACUGGGAUAAAUUUGCUAAGCUGACCUUGGUCCAGAAUGGUAGGUCCGUUGACCCCGAAUAUAGCGAAUGGCUGCUGAAGUUGGGAAAUGGCGAGCUGCUAAACUCGGACAAUCUUCCCGACGAUUUUGUGGAAAUUCCUCCGGCAAUGAUUGCUGACAAGUCCAUCGUCCAAGAAAUCUUUGGUGAAAAACUAGGGACUUUUGAGGACGUCAUGAAUGUGUCCAACCGUGCAAUACUGUGUCCCAAAAAUGAGGAUGCCCAUAAGAUCAAUCGGGAAGUUUUGGAUAUCCUAGAAGGCGAGGAAGCGUCAUAUCUAAGUGUGGACUCCAUUGAAGAUGGGACAGAACAAGACGCCGUUUUUUAUCCGACGGAAUUUUUGAAUGGCCUCCACCCUUCAGGCAUGCCACCUCAUAUCUUACGACUCAAGGUUGGUGCUGUAAUCAUGUUAUUGAGGAAUCUAAACACCAAGCGUGGGCUAUGCAAUGGCACUCGCCUCAUUGUAACAAAACUGCAAGUGAACUUAAUCACUGCCCAAGUCUUAACUGGUUCUGCCGCCGGCCAAUCAGUAUUUAUCCCAAGGAUUCAACUAGCCCCUAUAAACCCUGAAAUACCGUUUGUCCUCCGACGGCGGCAAUUUCCUGUGAAUCUUGCAUUUGCUGUGACCAUCAACAAGUCUCAAGGCCAGACAAUGGAUUUGGUUGGAAUUUAUUUACCCGAACCCGUUUUUAGCCAUGGCCAACUUUACGUCGCUUUUUCAAGAGUUCGUCGUUCCUGUGACGUGAAAGUUGUAAUUGUGGAUGGCGUAAAACAAGGGAAGUUAGUUAGAGGUGUUGACAAAGUAUUUACCAGAAAUGUUGUUGAUAAGGAGGUGUUAGGUUAG